AGCUACGUGCUGAGAGCCAGGCCAGCCGAGCUCGCGCUCUCCCUCUUGGCUCCCGCGGGCCUGGAGGUUUGGCUCAAAGGGGCUGUGAUGCUGAGGGGCACCGCGGGCCUUCUCCUAGACGGGUCCUGGCACCAUCUCGCCAUUGCUAUCUCCAGUGACCCCGCCGCCAGCCCCUACCUGGUGCUCAUCGACGGGGAGCCCUGGGAGCCAGACUUCGCAGCCAGCGCCCGGUUUCUGCAGAGGGGCCUGGUAGCAGGAGGGGAGUUGACCCUCGGAUGCCGGGAGGCCGUGGAUGAAGGGGGCUCGGCCCUGGGCAGCCCGUACGCGGGGGAGCUGCGUGAGGUGAACCUGUGGGACCGAGCCCUCCCCAGACUCUCUGCCAAGCAGCUGGCAGCCGCCGGAGAGAAAUGGAAGUUCCCUGGGAACGUGGUGAGCUGGAGCCAGUUGACGGAGGCGAGGUCUGGAGCCGUGGAGCUCAGCACGGCCCGCCCCAGGGCAGCUGCCGGCUUCGUGUGGCUCCGCUCGCUCCCGCCGUGCACCCUGGCCCUCCCCUCGCCUGUGCCUACAGCCGCGGGCACAGCGGGGUUCUACGUGGAGAUCCCCGGGAAAUCCUUGUACGGGAGCCUGUCUGCCGAGGGGAGCUUGGCCUCCCUGCCCGCUGCCAAGGCCCAGUGCACCGCCCUGGGCAGGGCCUGCAGCGCGGUGGUCAGCACGGCCGGCGCGUACUACCUCUAUCGCGGGACACGCUUGGUGAGCCUGGAGGAUCCAGCCACGGACCCGGCAGCUGCUGUGCACGUCAAAGCAGCCUCCAGCCUCUGCUCCCUGGACCCCGAGGAGCUGGCCCUGGUAUCCAUGGUGCAGUUCCAAGUGUCCCAGUCCCUCAGCCUCACCUCGGAGAACGAGCAGGAUCAAACCAACGCCUCGAAAAUCAUCUACAGCCGCCAGCUGCCCUGA